UGCUGAUCGAUUACCGCAGAAGAAGAAGAAGCAGGAAACCGGAAGCAGGAAGCGGCUCAUCUCAUAGUUACAACAACAACAACACGUUUCAAAUGCGCAAGUGCUCACAAUGUCCUGGUUCAAAGCUGUGUCAAACGGCGUCGACGACGUUUUUGAAGAGAACGCGGACGAACUUGACAUUUCGAGCAAAGAAUGGACGGUCAACAUGAAGAGGAGAAUCAGGGAUGGUUACGUAGACGGCGCAGACGCCGGCGAGGACGCCGCGCUGGAGGUGGGAUUCAAGGAGGGCUUCCAGGAGGGAGCCGCCAAGACUGUGGCCGUUGGGCGACUUCGAGGGAUCGUAAGCGCAAUUGGCAGCUGGUACCAGGUGGAGCAUCGGGGCCGGCCCUUCCCCGCCUCCGUCACGGAGCUCCUGCGGCGGGUUUCGCAGCACGAGGAGUCCAUCGUGACGGAAAUCAUGAAGGCCAUGGAGAAGCUGCCCCCCCCCAGCGUGGACGACGUGUCGGAGAGCAUGGAGGGGCUACGGGUGGCGGCGCCGGACGGGUGCCAGCGGAGCGACUGUUGCACAGGGGAGGAGCAAAUGGACACGGAUUCCCCGCGGCGUUCCCGGACGUCGCGUUCGGCGUGCGGCGACGGUUCCGCCGCUCCGGCCCGCGGGACCGUCUUCGGCGAGCUCGUCCAGAGCUGCAGGGACAUCGUGACGGAACUCGGGCUGCCUCCGAGCCUUUUGGACCACAUCAAUGAACUGGAGAACCUUUAAAUGACAGCUGCAGGUAAAGCACAGUCCCGAGGAUCCGGGUUCGAGCCCGGCCCCGCCUGUGUGGAGUUUGCGUGUUCUCCCCCGUGCCUUGCGUGGGUUUCCUCCCACAUCCCGAAAACAUGCAACAUUAAUUGAGCACUCUAAAUUGCCCCCGCCUCCUGCCCGUUGACAGCUCAGAUAUCUCCAGCACUCCUCGCGACCCUCGUGAGGAUGAGCGGCAAAAGGAAAUCGAUGGAUUGUAUUGACUUGACAAUCGACGCCUUAAAAAGUCUGCCGGUUUCGUGCUGGCGCACAGUGCAAAAUAACCCAGAGAGGCUAACAAAGCUAGCAUCAAUAUUAUGAUUAUUAUUAUAUUAUGAUUAUUGUAAACAUCAAAACACAAACACUAGCAACACAUACGGACACGCUACAAUUGUUCUCAGGCAUAUAUUCAUUAAAUUUACGUGUUAUGUACACGUAUGUAUGGAUUA